UCCAGUAGUGGCGGCGCAGCCAUGUCGGGCCCGGCGCGUGCGCGUUUCAUCGCGCUACAUCUCGUGCCCGCCACACUUCUACUCCUUUCAUGGACUCCUACUCCUUCAUCAGCAGUGGUGUGCAAUCAGACGGAAUGCGACUGUACUGGUAUCAAAGGAGAUCGCGGUGAUAUAGGACCACCAGGAAUCCCUGGUGGUCAAGGUGAAUAUGGUGACGAUGGACCCAUGGGUCGUCCAGGCCGGCCGGGAGAAGCAGGAGACAUCGGCGACAGAGGCGAUUACGGAGACAAAGGAACACACGGUAUCGAUGGACCGUAUGGGCCAAGAGGAGACACUGGACCGCAAGGUCCGUAUGGAUUGGAAGGCGUUAUUGGACUGUCAGGUUUAGAUGGUUGUAGCGGUAUUGAUGGCAUCUUGGGACCACCUGGGCCCAUGGGUUACCCUGGUGACAGAGGUGUACCGGGACCAAUUGGAGAGAAAGGUUCUCAAGGAAUGGCUGGUGAAGGAGGGGCUAAUUCACGAGGAUCUAAAGGAGACAUGGGUGAACUGGGUCGAGCAGGAACUCCAGGGCCUAUUGGAAUAAGGGGUUAUCAAGGUGACAGUGGCAAUCCGGGAGAAACUGGUGACGAGGGACCAAUGGGUAUUCGUGGAGAAGCAGGGGAUAGAGGUAACGAUGGUGAGGACACCUUAGGACCAAUGGGAGAAAAAGGUGAUCAAGGUCCCAUCGGUGAAGCUGGUAAACCCGGAACAAUCAUCAGAGUAGGUCAAGUUCGUCAAAAUAUUACAGUCCUAACAAAGGGCAAUAAAGGUGAAAGAGGAUUACCAGGUCAAAGAGGAGUUAAAGGAAUCAAGGGAAUGCCUGGAUCCCGAGGUCGAACAGGGCCCUACGGUCUUGACGGGCCACAAGGAUAUAAAGGUGAACAAGGUCAAGAAGGUCCUAGAGGAAAGAUUGGUCACCAAGGUCGCGUAGGUAGUGCAGGUCCCAAAGGUGACAAAGGUGCACCAGGAUAUGCAGGACAAGACGGUGCCGAUGGAUGGAAAGGAGAAAGAGGUGAAGACGGAAUGCCAGGCAACCCUGGCCUACAAGGUCCUUCUGGAGAACCAGGAAUUUACGAUGAACGGUUGGAUGUACCACCAACACAAGGACCUCAAGGACCCCAAGGCCCUGAAGGUAUUCUUGGUCCUCCUGGAGCUCCAGGCUUUGAUGGGCAACGCGGAUUACCGGGUAUUUUGGGACCUCCUGGAUUUCCUGGAAUCAAAGGAACUCAAGGCAGGCCAGGGGUUACGGGCACAUCUAUGAAAGGAGAACCGGGAAAUGCUGGAUUUAAGGGAUUUCCUGGAUUCCCUGGACCCUCAGGUUUCCCAGGUGCACCCGGAGUUACUGGACCUAAAGGUUUUAAAGGUGCAAAAGUAAUUGGUCCUGAUGGCGAAGAUGGAGUACCAGGUUUGGAUGGAAUACCUGGCCUAAGAGGAGAUCGUGGUGAUCAGGGUGACCAAGGACCACAAGGAUAUCCAGGAACUGGUGUUCAUGGUGUUGGACCACCAGGUGAAGAAGGUCCUCCUGGAUCCCCGGGUAUCGUUGGUGAUCCAGGUACGCCUGGUCGCCCUGGGUUCCACGGACCAAAAGGAGAACGUGGUGAUGAUUGUCCGUUUUGCAAAUCAGGCUUGGAUGGACCAAAGGGAAAAAGAGGUGAUGACGGCACAUCUGGUCGUAAAGGCUAUCCAGGACCUGAAGGCCCAUCUGGGCGUAAAGGAUAUAAAGGUUUUCCUGGACAAGACGGCCUACCAGGACCAAAGGGACCAAAAGGAAACAAGGGUAUUGCCGGUGGAGCCGGACCUCAAGGACCGAAAGGACCGAAAGGACGCAUUAUAUUACCUCCAGAAGAUCUAAUCAGGGCAGAUCCAGGCCCCAUUGGUGACCGAGGUUUCAUCGGUGCACCAGGAAAUCCAGGUGACGCAGGAUGGCCAGGGUACAGAGGAGACUCAGGUUUAAAGGGCAUAAAGGGUCAAAUGGGUGAAGAUGGAUUCCCAGGCAGACCUGGUAGAAAUGGUACAAGAGGACGCGACGGAGAGCCAGGACGGCAAGGUCGGCCAGCCACAACCCCAAUCCAAUUCCUUACGGGACAAAAAGGAGAGGCAGGAAUUAAAGGGGAAACAGGUGAACCAGGAGAAGAUGGUAUUAAAGGAGAAGUUGGUGAAUCACUUGAUCAUGGAAUAAAUGCUAAGGGCCCGAAAGGUUUUACCGGAAUGCCUGGUAUUAAAGGUAUCAGAGGAUUGAAAGGAGAAAGGGGUGACAUGGGAUAUGAUGGUAUGCCUGGUGUACAUGGUGAACAAGGUCCAGCUGGUAGAUCCAUUCAGGGUUUGAAGGGUUUUAAAGGUUUCGUCGGAAGAAAAGGUGAUAUUGGGCCUUACGGAUUAUCCGGUAACCAAGGUUCUGCUGGGCCUAAAGGCGAAAUGGGAAAUAAGGGAAAGAAGGGAAAUCGAGGUGACGCCGGAUUAGCCAUUUUAGCUGGUGAAAAAGGUUUUGAUGGACUGGCUGGAGAAAGAGGAGAUGAUGGUGACGCAGGCUAUCCGGGUAUGCAAGGAAGAUAUGGAAUUACAGGAAAUAAAGGACAGCAAGGUUUACCGGGAGAUGCUGGCCCCACAGGACCACCAGGACCUCAGGGCAGAAAAGGAAUACAGGGAAUAGAAAUCCGAGGUGUUCCCGGCUUAAAUGGCCAACCUGGCUAUCCUGGACGCAAAGGGUUGUUUGGAGAACCUGGUUUACAAGGUAGUCAUGGAAUAAAUGGCAAAAUGGGUAAUAAGGGAGUAAAAGGAAAUACUGGACCGACAGGUGUCCGUGGUAUGUAUGGAGAACAGGGCGCAAUGGGUUUCAGUGGAUUCCCAGGAAUUUCUGGAAAUGUCGGAGUUCAAGGAAGUCAAGGAGAACGAGGUGAUACUGGUUCCAUAGGAGGUUCCGGAACACCCGGAAAAAUGGGACCGGAAGGACCAUGGGGUCGUAAAGGUGAAACUGGUGAAGACGGUGCUCCAGGUUUAGAUGGUUUUGAUGGUAAUCCUGGUUUUAAAGGAGGAAGAGGUGACUGGGGUUUGCCAGGUCAGAAAGGUGCUAGUGGUGAUAAUUCCGCAAAAGGAUUGAAAGGUAACGAAGGGUCGCCUGGUUACAACGGUCUUGAUGGAAGGCCAGGGUUCCCUGGAGCAAAAGGAGAAAGAGGUGACGCUGGAACUUCAGGUCUAAAUAUUGCGGGUCCACCAGGUUUAAAAGGUGAUAAAGGAAAUACUGGAUACCCAGGUGCUUAUGGAAUAAGAGGCAGAAAAGGUGAAAUAGGAGAUUUUGGUUUUAAAGGUAUAAUUGGGGAUGAGGGCGAUAAAGGUUUUCCGGGAAUGCCUGGUCGUCCAGGGCGUCGUGGAAAUGUUGGACUCAAAGGACAACAAGGGUAUCAAGGACCUUUUGGACUUCUUGGAGAAAAAGGUGAUCAAGGUAUAGAAGGCAGACCUGGACGUAUGGGUUUGGAUGGAGUUCCUGGAGAAGUAGGAUAUAUAGGCCCAGCUGGACCACCUGGUAUACCUGGAGCUAAAGGAGACCGAGGUGAUAUUGGAAGAACAAUAUACGUGCCUCCUACUAACGGCGAUGUGGGUGAUAUGGGAAUGGAUGGUCUACCAGGUCAAAAAGGACUUAAAGGUAACACAGGCCCAUACGGAUUAGUCGGUAUUAAGGGUGAACGUGGGGAAGACGGUGAACAAGGGCAAACCGGUGAGUUUGGUAUGACUGGAUUCAAGGGUAUAUCAGGUGACCAAGGACCUCCAGGUCUCCCUGGAAUACGCGCUGAAAACGCCCCACGAGGUGAACAAGGAAAACCUGGUUUUGAUGGUCUUCCGGGGUGGCCAGGUCACAGAGGUCAGAAAGGUAAACCAGGUGAAUAUGGUAUUAACGGCCCCGACGGUGUACCUGGUCCUCCUGGUGUUGUAUUCGAAGGACCAAAAGGUAUGGUAGGAAUGGAUGGAGCACCAGGCCCGCGAGGUAUUUCUGGACGACCAGGAAUUCCAGGAGGAAUCGGAAACAUCGGAGCUCGUGGUAUUAAGGGUGACGCUGGAGAAAUUGGUGACUCAUACAGUCCUAAGGGAGCGCGUGGAGACCAAGGUCACAAAGGUUUUAAGGGUGUCCGAGGUCAAAAAGGAGACUUAGGUGAGGGUGGUAUACCCGGACGGCCAGGAUUUAUAGGUGAGCGAGGGUUCAAGGGUCUAAGGGGUGACCAAGGAGAAGAAGGGCCAUUUGGACCUCCUGGAAUUAAAGGAGUGAAAGGUGAUGCAGGAGAUUUAUUAGCUGCUUCUGAAAUCAUUCCUGGACCGCGAGGAGACAUGGGCCCCCGUGGGUAUGAUGGGCAGCCUGGUCGCGACGGAAGACCAGGAGAAAUUGGGCGGAACGGUAUUCCAGGAAGCAAAGGAGUUAGGGGUGACAUAGGCUAUCCUGGUGAAAUUGGAUCUCCUGGAUUAAUGGGACCUGAAGGUUUAAAAGGCGUAAAAGGAUUACAAGGUUUUGAAGGGUACCGUGGAGCUACGGGUGCUGCUGGACCUCCAGCUAGACAACCGAUGCCUAAAUCAAGAGGAUUUUAUUUUGCUGUUCAUUCACAAGAAAGAAUGAUUCCUCAGUGCCCAUCUGGUACAUCACCCCUUUGGAGUGGAUAUUCUCUUAUCCACAUUAUAGCCAACGGAAAAGCACAUGGACAAGAUUUAGGUGCCUCGGGAAGUUGUUUGCGCAAAUUUUCGACCCUACCUUACAUGUUCUGUAACUUUAAUGAAAUUUGCAAUUUCGCUCAACGUGAAGAUUAUAGUUUCUGGUUAUCAACUCCUGAACCUAUGCCUAUGUCUAUGACACCCAUACAGGCCAAGGACGUUGGAAAUUACAUAUCGAGAUGCCAGGUAUGCGAAGCUCCCACACGAACUAUUGCCAUUCAUAGUCAAAGCAAUUUGGUGCCUGAGUGUCCUAGUGGUUGGAGUGAGUUGUGGCAAGGAUACAGUUUCCUAAUGCACACUGCCGGUGCAGAUGCAACAGGACAAAGUCUUAUAUCUCCUGGAUCAUGCAUGAGACAAUUCCGCGCGCGACCCUUCAUCGAAUGUAAUGGCCUAGGGCGCUGCAAUUACUUUGCAACAGCAAUCUCGUACUGGCUCUCGGUCAUAGAAGACUACAGAAUGUUUGAAAAACCAGAACAGCAAACAUUGAAAGCUGACCUAGUCUCUAAAGUCAGCAGAUGCGCUGUUUGUAUGAGAGAUUGGCCUGUGCCUCGCAAGAGCUCCGUUCGCGUGCCUACAACAAUAGGAGAUUUGAGCUCCGUACCUAAUGCAUCCUACCGCCGACCGCGCCCAUCACGCCAGCCUUACUACCGCAGACCAAACUGGCGUCGUGGUGUGCGUGGAAGACGCCGACAAUGAAGAGACUAUUAAAUUAACAAACUUUGAGAUUCAAUAAAAAUCUUAUUUCUAGGGAAACUAUUGUGAUGUAUUUCCAUGCAUGAAAAGAAAAGAAACAUGGAUAGCAUAUAAUAACACUGCCAAAUUUAUACAAGUAUAUAUGAAUACUUAACUGUCUUAGUAUUUAAAGUAUGUAAGUAAUUAAUUUCGUUCAUAAUGAUAUACCUAUUAUCUAGAAAGUACCUACUAUCGCAAACAAAUAUCGCAAAUGCCUUUCGUAUCCACCGUUUUGUUUAUCAGUAACAGAUUUUCAAAAGAUUAAAUAAAUGACAUUAUAAUUUUUUUAUAGAUUUACUACUUUGCCCGAGUUUAAUAUUUACAUACAUGACACAUACCAUAUCCUAACAAUAUUUGUCUCUGUAUUCAUCUAAUGACUACUGAGACUUAGUUCUAACAAUAAAAAGAGCACUUUGUUAUAGUGUUGUAAAUAUACUUAAUUAUUGUCCUAGUUGCGAAUAGACUAAUACAUAAUAAAAUGAUUAAAAUUA